AUGAAACUGAACGAUGCGCUUCCGAACAUCACAGUGGAUCCGGAGACAUAUGUUGUCACAGCAAACGAUAAAUAUCACCUGAGAACUAAAUCCAAGAACACUCAAAUUCCUAGAGUAAAAUCCCCACAAGCUGAUCAUGUCUUUGUCUCUGAAGAAGCUGAAGAAGCCGUCACUGCAGCAAUCAGACAUGAUAUCAUCACUUUCUCAAUCAGACAAGAUAUCAUCACAUGCCUGAUUGAGGAAGUGAUGAUAUCAUGUCUGAUUGCUGCGGUGACGGCUUCAUUAGCUUCUUCAGAGACAAAGACAUGA